AUGGUUUUCCUUGAUACCACCGGAUGCUUGGAAGGAGAAGCAUCCACGCACUUGUCAGUAGGAUACGAGCUACUAUCUUGCUUGGGUUCCAAUCUCCGUCUUCAGUGCGAGUUGAAUGUCACGUGUAACGACCGCGUCCAAUGGCGACGGAUCUUGGAUGACCGUACAUUCGAAGGCCACGCCCUCCAGCUACGAAAUGUACACCAGCAAGAUAGUGGUACUUAUCAGUGUGAAGUGGUGGACCGCCACGGGAGGAUGAAAGUGAAAAGAGAAGUCACUCUCACAGUUCAAUUUCCUCCCAUCAUCACAGUGCCAAACAAGCCAUCCUCCGAGCAAGAAGGCCAUCUGGAAUGUUCAAGUGAAGCGGUGCCAAGAGCUACCAUCAAGUGGUACAAAGGCUCAAUGCUCCUGCAUCCGACUUCCCUGAGUUACUCCAUCUCGUCCGAGUCCUCCCAUUGCACAACCCGAUCCAUUCUCUUCUUCAACAGUUCUUCCCUGAUUGGACAAGGUGCGGCGAUGUUCGAGAACUACACUUGUGUUGCUGAGAAUGACCAUGGUUCGUCAUCGGCAACCAUGCUUUUCGAAGCAUUCCUAGAUGAUGUGACUUUAGAAGAAGUACCGGAAGAAAAACGACGCUUCAACGUCACUGGCUUCAUCGUGGGCAUGCUCCCACCCCUCUUCAUCUCCUUUUAUAUCAUCGUGAAAUUAGGAUAUCGUUCCAGAUACGCCGAAGAAAGGGGCGAAGAUGAUGGCUUUCGAGAGGAACCCUUCUUCAUAAGUUACUGAAAAUG